AUGCCUUCUUCCGACAACGGUGAUAUUGAUGGCUACCACCAUUUGGGAUGUUUUCAACAACAAGUUCCAAGUCAUCACCAUCACACUUCCAGUUCGUCAAAUGCUUCAUCAACAAGAAGACGUUCGUCCUAUGGACAAAGUCAUUUUUCACAGCAAUUGAGUGCUGCGCCAAUCAUGUUCAAAGACUCUUGUUCCUUGAUUGGAUCACAAGAUAAUCUUGGAUGUUCAUCACCAUCGCGUUAUGAUUGCUACGUGACAACAACAAGUCGCCCUCAAUCAAGAUAUGAAGAAAACAUUACAUGUUGCAUUCCACCACCAUCUCCUGCUCCCAAUAAUGAUCGCUUCGUUAUUGGAAUGCCUGGGCCACAACAUCGCUUAAUGGUUCAGCAGCAACAACAACAGCGUUCCAUGUCACCGAAUUCAAGAUAUCGCAGCAGCAUGUCAGAUCGAUAUCGUGACAUGUCAUCAAGCCCUGGACAUUUCCUAGCUAAUUCUACACCUUUAGCUUCGAAUGAUAACUAUCCAGCUUAUUUGUCAUCAACUGUUCACACGCCAGUUAAACGUUACAUUCCAACACCUCCAUUAACAUGCACAAAUGAUCAAUCAUCACAAUACAGUGAUGGACCGACCUUAAGCAAUCCUGGUUAUCAUUUGUCACUUCCUCAACAAAACGCUUUAACACAAGUUGGUUCAUCUCAAACAUUGAAGCCAUCAAAGUCACGAAUGAAUCAGCAACAAACGCCACAAUAUCGAAUCAACAUGAAAUGCUGUUCAGAUUCUCAAAAGCAACAACAGAUAAACACUUCAACACUGCCACUGCCAUCAUCAUCACAAACUGACCAUUACGCUACAACUCCAAGAAUUCGCCCAAACAGUAUCAAUACGAAGUCAUCUGGUUCAGGUGUUUCCAACUCUUCCACUGCCACAUCAAUCUGUUGUGCACAAUCACAAACUGGAACUCAAUGCGAUUAUGGAACAAGACCAACAAGCGCUGAUUAUGCUUCAAUUUCUAGUUCAAGUCGUGUUGUAACGCCAAUCAACUUGAUGAAUCAAACUGAUCAAUCGUGCUUGAAUUGUAGACGUACAACUGGCGUUCAUCAAACUACACAAACUACUGGACCGAUAAGCCCCGUUCCCCAACCACUUGUGUUGCCAACAAUGUCAGAAGGACAUCAAUCUCAAUCACCCUUGAGUCCACAACCAUCGUCAACUCAUUCAGUUGCAUCAAUACAAUCUGUUGCAUCAUUGGCACCAGAACCAACAUAUUCGUCGACAACAAUUCAACAAGAGAAGAUUGAAGAAGAUUCCAAUGAAGGCCAACAACCGCAGAUGUUGUUGAACAAGUCAACAAUGCCUGAGCCACAGCCGAUUGCGCAUCCACCAGUUCAACAAGAAUCUUCAAUAACUGGCAGCAAUCGAUCAUUCAUGUAUCAAUAUCAACAUAAUGAUUCAUCAUCAAAUCUUUUGAACUCAAACAUGAACCUUCAACAGAGAAAUACGUUGCAGCAAAGACAACAAAAUCAAUCACGCUACUCACGAAAGCAGAAAGUCAAGGAAUACGUCAAACGUGAAAUAGCGAAAUUCUUUGGGGUUGAUAUCUUGAGUGAAGAGGAAGAACGCAUAAAAUGGUUCGAACGUCAGAAACGAUUGGCGAUAAGGUGUUUUGGACAGCUUCGUGAUGACAUGGACAUUUCCAACUCGCCACGUCAUCAAGGAAGGAAUGAACAACAACUUGGAUAUCGACCAGAUAUUCUACCAGCACAAAACACUGAAGAAACUGAACGUACGCAUUACAAGAUUGAACGUAAAGCGUCAGUUGCGACAAUGAUGUGGAAUGGAAUUUCUUAUCUGGUUAGUCGUCGUAACCCAAGAAAGCAGAAGCAAUGGUCACGAUCAUUUGCACCAGCACAUGUCAAGAACAAUGAUGACAAUGACUUAUGCGAUGGUUUAAGUCCAAUUCAAACUGACGAAGCUUUUUUUGAUUCACCAAGUUCCAGUCAAAAUAGUCAAGACGGAAGUAACACAAAUCGUCAAAUGUAUUCAGCAGCAAGUGCAUCGGUUCGCAACAAUGGUUGGCAAAUAAAAUCGAAUCAACAUGAACAUGAAUUACAUUCAGGAAUGAGAAUUGGUUGUCGUAUCUCAUCUCAAUUGCUUGAUGGAAUUAUGGACAAUUCGAGACGACCAGUGAUGAAUGAAAUCAAAUUGCAACGUCCAAAUGAUCUCGAUGAUCGACAUGAUUAUCGACCUUUCUUCACAUAUUGGAUUAACACGGUUCACAUUCUCGUUUUGGCAAUUACUUUGAUCUGCUAUGGCAUUGUUGCAUUUGGCAUUGGAUUGGAACAUAAAAGUGCACAAGUCAUGGUGACUAACUUGAACUUGCAACAAGUUUCACAUCAUGAACAACGAAAUGUUUGGAUCGGACCGAGAAGCAUGGAUCUUGUCCAUCUAGGAGCGAAGUUUGGUGGCUGCAUGCGACGUGAUGCUAAGAUUCUUGAUGUCAUUGCUAAAACAAAAAGGAAAGAACGUGAAACUGCUUGUUGCAUUCGUAACGAUGAUUCGGGAUGUGUGCAAACGUCUCAAGCUGAAUGUUCAGUCGGUGGUUUAUGGCCAACACAGAAAACAAUCUCAAAAUGGAAGAAAUGGUCACCAGGCGAUUCUGGGCCAGGCGGAAGAAUUUCUGGGAGUGUUUGCGGUUUAGAUCCAAAGUUUUGCGAUGCACCAACUUCAGUUGCACCUUAUGAAUGGCCUGAUGAUAUAACAAAAUGGCCAAUUUGUCGGAAAACUAAUUCAAUCUCUCAUCGAUCACGUCUUAAAGAUCACACAGCUGAACAUAUGGUUUGUGAGAUUGUUGGUCAUCCAUGUUGUACUGGAGUUUACGGGGAAUGUCGGAUCACUACAGAAGAAUAUUGUAACUUCAUAAAUGGAUACUUCCAUGAAGAAGCUUCACUUUGUUCUCAGGUUUCUUGUAUGAGUAACGUGUGUGGGAUGUUUCCGUUUUUCUCUAACGAUGUUCCAGAUCAAUUUUAUCGGCUUUUUACAUCUCUUUGCUUACACGCUGGUAUUUUACAUUUAGCAAUUACAAUUGCAUUUCAACAUAUUUUUCUAUCCGAUCUGGAACGGCUUCUUGGACCUUUACGAACCGCCAUCAUUUAUAUUGCGUCGGGAAUUGCUGGGAACUUGACAAGUUCAAUUUUAGUUCCAUAUCGACCAGAGGUUGGUCCAUUGGCAUCUCUUGCUGGUGUCAUCUCAUCUUUAGCUAUUAUUCUAACCUUUUGUCAUUGGAAACAACUUAAAAAGCCUUAUCUGGCUUUAAUUAAACUUUUAUUAAUAGCAGCAUGUCUCUUUGGCAUGAGUACUUUACCAUGGCAGCAGAAUUUUGCUGGUCUCAUUGGUGGAAUAGUCUUUGGAAUGGGAUUAACGUUUGCAUUGGUUCCCUUUGUUAAUAUAACAAAAUAUAAUCGUAAAUCUAAGAUUAAUCUCAUUUGGACAUGCAUUUUAAUACACUUACUAAUUUAUGCAGCAAUGUUUGUCAUAUUUUAUGUUUUCCCGACACUCUUCUCGUCUCUUGGCUUUGCUGGUUCUCAUCCUAACGAUCAUUUCACUAAUGGUCAACCGGGACAUUUCGAUAGUGAACACAAUAUUAACUCAAACAACAAUCAGAACGUCUUUAAUGGCGUCAUAAAUAAUUAUAACACUGGAGGUGGAAUUGUUUCGAGUAUUCGAAGUCCACCACCACAAUUUCACAUGAAUAUUGGUCAUAAAAAUUACUAAUAGAUAUUCCAAAUGUUUUGUUUCUCCGUAAGACUAGUUCGUAAUCAUAUACGAAGUAAAGGUAAUUAGUUGGAAAAUAAUUUAAAGUUGUAUUGAAAAAAGGAAAAAUCUGAUGACAUCUUUCAAAGAUAUCAAUCAAUAAUUAAUGAAAUUGUUUAGAGUAAGAAGGAUGUGUCCGAUGAAUAUCUAGCACCUUAUCAUUCCUUUGUUGUUUAAUGUAUUUAAGUCAGUCACGUUUUCCAUUUAUUGUUCCCUUCUUCUUACUAUUCAUGACAAGAGAAAAGCUUUGAAAGCAGACAGCGAUGAAACUGAUGAGAAAUUAUUUUUGCAAAUCAAUAAAACUCCAAAUAUCUAUUUAAUAUCUCAAAUGAAAGAUGAAAUCUUAUUUAAUUAUUUUAAUUUUCAAAUGAAAUGAUAACGAAAAGAAAAUUCUUUUAACAACACUUAAAAAUCUUCAUUAAUAUGCUACACAAAUUGAACAACAUUAUAUAAUUAUUUAUCAAAAUAUUUAAAGAAUUAAUAAAGAUGAAAUGUGAAAUCUCGUGA